GAUAAAACUACAAAAGUUGAUAAUUGUAUGCUUAGUGGGAAUGUGUUAUCGCUGAACAAUAAAGAGAGUUAAAAUAACAGUUUCUAGAAGAACUGUGUGUGUUUCACUUGUGCGUGUACAAUCAUUUAUUAAUAAUUGAAUGAAUUUAUUGAGCAUGAAAAUAUUUGUGAUUAUUGCUGUGAUUUUGCAUGUGGUUUGGGGGAGAUGCUAUGUGGGUUUUAAUCAACUUACCCCGGAUCGUAUAAUAUUAUUCACAAACUGCCAAGGCGGCACGUCUAAAGACUUAACAAUAUUGAAAAACAUCGAGCCUUUUCCCCAAGUGAAGUUGCUUGAUUUGCAGAACUUUUCUGGCGACUUCGAGGAGGACACUCUCGCCGCCUUCCCCAAUUUGGAAAUCCUUCAGAUUCGUGAGUCACGGUUCAAGGGCCUGACCAAAACAGUGUUGAAGCAAUGUUGCGAAAAUAUAACUAACAUUAUAUUCAGAAAAAACAAACACGUACUGGACAAGGAUUUAUUCGAAAACAGCAAAAAACUGAAACAUGUGGUUAUAAAUCUUGAAAAUCUUCCAAAGAUAGACGCAGACUUGUUCAAGGGCUUAAACGAUUUGGAGGGCAUCGUUGUCAACAGCAGUUUCGUGAAGGAAAUAGACGAAAAUGCUUUCAGCCAUUUGAAAAAGUUGCAGCUUCUGGAGUUACACAGCAAUGACAUUGAAGAAAUCAAACCGAAAACCUUUGAGAAUUUGACCAGCUUAAAAACACUUACCUUAUUGAACAACAACAAAUUGGUUGGUAUGAAUGAAACUGCUUUAAAAAAUCUGAGCAAUUUGGAACUUUUGGGACUUCCUUCCGAAAUAAUCAGCAAGAUUGAGGUACCGAAGCUGAAGGAAAUGAUGCCCAAGCUUCAGACGGUUCUUUUCAAGACUCAAGAUGAGGACUGUCACAAAGAAUUUUUGGACAAACUUAAAUCAAAUAAUAUUAGUGUGUUGUUGGUUACCUUUGUAGAUGAACCUCAGUGUAUUAAAAAUUAGUUAAAUCCA